GGCCGUUCCUUUGGUAUAUUUCACAUUCUAACCCACUCCUUCUUGUGUGUGCAUCCAGCAAGACCGCAAUGGCCUUCGCAGGUGCGGUGAAAGAUGUUAAAGCUGCUGCAGCCAAGGUGGAGAGCAAAGGCGCUGAGGAGCUGAAGAAGGCCUUCUCCAUCCUCGACGAGGACAAGAGCGGGUUCAUUGAGGAGGAAGAGUUGAAGCUGUUCCUGAAGGAGUUUGGAACAACUGCCGAGACCACGGUCCAGGCCGGCGACAGCAACGUUGACGGCAAGAUCAGCGCGGACGUGUGACCAAGGAAAUGAGCUCUGAUGGAACAACACAGCCCACGUCCACCGCCCUUUACAUCUGAAAUGUAACUGAUUUUUAUACAUUGGCUUAAGAGACAUGCGACAGCCCCUUUUUGCGUCCUGAGUGGGCGGCCCUUGAGUUUUUCCCCAUCACACGGUGGAUUGAGCCUUUCAACAUUGUUUGGUCUGAUUUAAAGAAAGAAUAAAUAUUUCCCACUUUAUUCUUUGAUUUUGUGUCUUCACAAAAUUCAUACACUAUUUUCAAAUCCUACCAUUUACCUUUUCUUGCAUUAGAAAGAGCCUGAAGGUUGCAAACCACAUUAGCCUAUAAAGGUGGAAGUAGUGACAGGGAUUAAAUAAAUAUCAUACAGUUUGAGUGCGUGGGAAGAGACGUUUCACAAGCCUGCAGCCACUAGAUGGCGCCACCUCAGUUGGGUUUUCAAGUAUCUAAACUUGUCAUUAGUGUUGACAGACGCACCAGCGCCAAGGCGCAAUUUACACCAGCACCUGCCACCAGCAGCAACAACUGUUUAGACAUGUUGAUGGAGGAUGUGCCGUAAACUCCAAACGUUUGUUUCACAUAAAUGAUUUAGUUUCCACGAGCCUUUCUAUUAAAAACAAAAUAUUGUAUUGAGACUGUAUGAACAAAAAUAAAUUCAAAUAUGGUCAAUUAUG